AUGGGUCGAGCAAUAACCAACGCACAUUUAAAAAUCAAUUGGUCGACAGAAACUUCUACAGCAUCAUCCCCACUAGACACAUCAGAACAUUCUCCCAGCUCACCGCAGACCAGCCUUGAUAGUGCCAAAAAGUGCAAUGCUAUUUCAUCUCCUGAGUUAGAAGUCCCAGACCUAGAACUCAAACUAUCUCAGUUUGAAAGCGAAACACCAAGUUGCUACAGAAAAGCAGAGCCAAUCACAUCCAUACCUACAACGCCAGACUACAACCUCAGUGCAUUCUUCGUGCUUGCAGAACUCAAGCACAGUAUGCCCACGGAAACACCCCAAAUCUUUCAUGGCAAUGAACGCAAAUCAGAGAAUCCAGUGGAUUUUCUCAAAUCGUUUAAUCGAGCUAUGUGGCAGCAAGCGACGAUAGCCAGUAAUGACAAAUCGGAAGCAUUUGGCGACUAUCUGGGUACAGGGUCAGAAGUGGAAGUGUGGUUUAAAGGACUCACAAUGACACAAACAGCAACAUGGACGUUGUUCAUCAUGGCAUUCGAAACACGUUGGCCUCCCAUGGAGAUAGCAAAGAAGACGAAAGCGGAUCAGGAGAGAGAACUGCUAGAACACAGGUUAACAGAUGUGGACAUGGGGACCAAGACCACGUUAUACAACUGA